CGCGAAUCAAUGAGAUCAAACGCGGGGGAGAUGCACCGUCAAUUACAAGCACUUGGACAAGUCUAACUUUUUUUUUUCUUUUACAAAUACGCUUUCAAAAGCAAUCUCAGCAACGCCCAAAUAAGAAGCUACCUCUAAGCAAAAUAGUAUAUAUAAAGGGAGGGCGAAUAUAUAUAUAUAAUAAGUAUAUAUAAAUAUAUUACAGGCGUACAGGUUUACACGCGGUGAACUUUGUCUUCCUUUUCUCUCUCUCUCUUUUUUUAAACGAGUGACACUGCAAAGAAGAAUUCUUCCUCUCUGUCUCUUGGCGAAGGGGGUAUUCUAUUUUCUUAGAGCGCCCAAGAGGGCGCAGGGACCUCGGAGAGAAGAGUGGGGAGGAAAGAGGAAGGGUGGGUGGGGGGCAGAGGGCGAGUCGGCAGCGAGGGCAGACUCUUUCCUGCGGCACGAUGCCGUCCACGCUGGUGCUCACUUUCUCCGCGUGCGUCUUGCUUGUCUGGGUGUUGCUGGUCGGCAGCACCAGUGGCGGUGGCGGCGGGGGCGCUAGCCUCGGCGGAGGGCGCCGGGAGAGAGAGGCGCUGCAGCCGCAGAAGAUCGAGGUGCUGGUGCUGUUGCCCCAGGACGACUCGUACCUGUUCUCCCUGGCCCGGGUGCGGCCGGCCAUAGAAUACGCGCUGCGCAGCGUGGAGGGCAACGAGACUGAGCGGCGGCUUCUGCCACCCGGCACUCGCUUCCAGGUGACCUACGAAGACUCGGACUGCGGCAACCGCGCACUUUUCAGCCUGGUGGACCGCGUGGCGGCGGCACGCGGCGCCAAGCCCGAUCUCAUCCUGGGACCGGUGUGCGAGUACGCAGCAGCGCCCGUGGCCCGGCUUGCGUCGCACUGGGACCUGCCCAUGCUGUCGGCAGGGGCACUGGCCGCUGGCUUCCAGCACAAGGACACGGAGUACUCGCACCUCACGCGCGUGGCACCCGCAUACGCUAAGAUGGGUGAGAUGAUGCUUGCUCUGUUCCGCCACCACCACUGGAGCCGCGCUGCACUGGUCUACAGCGAUGACAAGCUGGAGCGGAACUGCUACUUCACCCUCGAAGGGGUCCACGAAGUCUUCCAGGAGGAGGGCUUGCACACGUCCGCCUACAAUUUCGAUGAGACCAAAGACUUGGACCUGGACGACAUAGUGCGGUACAUCCAGGCCAGUGAGCGAGUGGUGAUCAUGUGUGCGAGCAGCGACACCAUCCGGGGCAUCAUGCUGGCGGCGCACAAGCAUGGGAUGACCAGUGGAGACUACGCCUUCUUCAACAUUGAGCUCUUCAACAGUUCUUCCUACGGAGAUGGCUCGUGGAAGAGAGGAGACAAACAUGACUUUGAAGCUAAGCAAGCAUACUCAUCCCUCCAAACAAUCACUCUACUGAGGACAGUGAAGCCUGAAUUUGAGAAGUUUUCCAUGGAGGUGAAAAGUUCUGUUGAGAAACAAGGACUCAAUGAGGAGGAUUACGUUAACAUGUUUGUUGAAGGAUUCCAUGAUGCUAUCCUCCUCUAUGUUCUGGCUUUGCAUGAAGUACUCAGAGCUGGUUACAGCAAGAAGGAUGGAGGGAAAAUUAUCCAGCAGACUUGGAACAGAACAUUUGAAGGUAUUGCUGGGCAGGUGUCCAUAGAUGCCAAUGGAGACCGGUACGGGGAUUUCUCCGUGAUCGCUAUGACAGAUCCCGAAGCGGGCACCCAGGAGGUCAUUGGUGAUUACUUUGGAAAAGAAGGUCGUUUUGAAAUGCGGCCGAAUGUCAAAUAUCCUUGGGGACCUUUAAAACUGAGAAUAGAUGAGACCAGAAUUGUGGAGCACACAAACAGCUCUCCUUGCAAAUCAUCAGGUGGUCUAGAAGAAUCGGCAGUGACAGGAAUUGUUGUGGGGGCCUUACUAGGCGCUGGCUUGCUAAUGGCCUUCUACUUUUUCAGGAAGAAAUACAGAAUAACCAUUGAGAGGCGAAGCCAGCAAGAAGAAAGUAACGUUGGAAAACAUCGAGAGUUACGGGAAGAUUCCAUCAGAUCCCAUUUUUCAGUGGCUUAAAAGAAAUCCUUUUCUUUUGGCCUGAGAUUCUUUAAGGAGAUAGAUGGGAUGAAAGACAUCAAUGGAACAGAAGGGGCGCUCUUGAAGAACUCAUUCUCAUUCUUUUAAGCAGUUAAUCAUUUUGUUGUAAAAUUUCUUUAGAAGCUCAGGAACUAUAAUUAAUCACCAUAUGUCUCCUGGUCUUUCACCUCAUGGCAAACAAAUAUGAGAAUAUAACGUCUCUCUGUUAAACGUUCGUACUGUUUCAAGGGCAUAUGAUUGGAUUUAUGUUUGAAAAUUUGAUGUCUCCAUAUCUUGAUGGCUUUUGGGGGCAUUUCACAUAAGGCUACAAAAAUGUGGUUUUCUUAAAUGAAAUGUUUAAUAGCUAGAAUAAAAUCAUUUUUACGAGUAGAAUAUUCUUGGAAAGAAUUUAACGUCCUAAAAGAGGAAAAUGUAAUGAAAAAUCUCAAGGUUGGAAAUACGGUGUUCCUUUCCGUAAUGCUGGUGGACAGAUUUGAAGUCGAGGACUACUCUGUCCAAUGUAUAUAUUCAGGUCCUGACUUCAUAUCUCGAUAAAGGAUUUCCUGCCUCUCUCCUUCAGCAUCUCACAAAAGCUAUUCUGGAAAGUUGUAACUAUUAGUAAGAUAAGAGGAUUUAUAUAAGAAAAGCAAUUCUAAAAUGUUUCACUUUUUAAUGUAAAAAAAGCCCUGUUUCACACUAACAUUUUAUUUUAGGUAUUUUAAUCUUAUAUUUUGCUAUUAGAAAAUGUGUCUAUUUUUUCAUUUUGAAGAUUAAAUUCCACUUUUAUUUUAAAAGCAUGGGUAAAGUGUACAACAAACCAGCAAUGAUGAAAGACCCUUCUCUUUUUCUCCCUGUUUCCCUCUCCCCUUUGGCCAUAGCCAAAUGCCAGUUGCUGCUUUAAUUACAGAGAUCUAGAAAUGUAUUCAGAUCACAGACUCUACAGGAGGACAUCGAUUUACCUGUUUUAAAUGCGAAGUUAUUUUAAGGAUAGACCUCUUCCAGUUCUGGUCAAAUGAUGAGUUUCAAGAUAAAGGGUGGAAUUGAUUAGAAUUAACUAGGGUUUAAGGCAGCCCUUUUCCCUUAACAAAUUUAUAGAGUAUUAGAAUUUGACAGCACAGAAAUGAUAAAUUAAAAAAUGCAUACGUGACAUUUUACUAGGACUCAGUGAUAUUUUGGUUAAAAGAGGGAAUCUAAAUAGUUACUAUAUUCCUUUUUGGUUGACUCCACAAAGCUUUAUAGUCGUCCUUUACUAAUAACCCGUGUAAUAGCGGGUGAGGUGUAGAUUUAAGGGAUUUGAACAAAGUUAAAUAAGCGUUUACUGAAUAUCUACUUUGCACCCAGUACUCUGCACAUAGGUAUAAACUCAGGUUGCUAUUUUUGCUGAUAAUUUAUGCAGAAAAUAGUGAGAGAAGAAUAGAGAAUUGGCAGAUUGGCAUACCCUGUUGUUAUUAUGUCACAAAGGGCUUUCUUCAGUAACAUUUUGAACAUCUGGAAAAUAGUUUUUAAAAUUAUCUUAGUGACUACAAAACAUCAUGUAUAGGGAGGAAAAUAGGGGAGUUCAAGCAACCCCUUGGUAGUGAUGGAGGUCGUAGCUCACACAGGCGGGAGUGCAGGCAGGCAGAAGGAAAGCUGCAUAUCUUGAAGGCUGGCCUGAGCUUGCUUCCCUGGAGGAGUCGGCCUCUGUCCCUCCUACUUCAACCAGCCAAUGGAUUAUUUCUCUGUGAGGCAUAUUUCCCCUCUACAUUUACAAAAUGGGAUUCAGGCAGCUGGAGGGCAUGUUAACCGAAUGAGCUAUGACCCACGAAAUGACUAUGCUGUAGAUCUCCGUGGUGGAUGCAAAGGAAAAAGUGCUGACUUCAAAAAAAGGUGACAAAAGAAGGCAAGAAGGCAAGCUCCAGAAAUUCCAAUGUCAGAAGAGAGUUUAGGAAGUAAAAUCUAGGAAAGCAACAUAUUUAAUAACUCAGGACUCCUUAAAGUGAAAACAGAAUGGAAGGUUUGCAUCCAUUUUUUUUUCAUGAAUUGAAAGCUUAUUUCUCAUUUUUAUUUUUCAAUGAUGUUUUCAAUGUAUUUUAGAGAUAUUCAUUUUAUACUACCUUGUGUUUGUGAAAAAAAAAUUUAAAUUUCAAGCCUAUGUGCUUAUUGCAGGGGGAAAAUCACUCUAUCUGGUUGCAGUCUUUGGACGUAAACAUUUCUGACCUUUCUGGAAUUAAUAUAGGGGCCCGUUAACUGUCACAUUUUUAAAGCAAAUAUCUUUUAUUUUUACUUCAGGUAGAGGAACAGUUCCAAAUUUAAUAUUAUAUCCCCAGAUAAAAUGGUAGAAGCGAGAUUUUAGUUUUUUAAAAAUGGCGGAACAAGUCAUGAGGUUUCUCAUAGGUACGUGCAUUCUGUUCCAAAGUUAAAGCAGUUCUGGGGGUUUUUAAGAUUGAUUGCUAUCUAUUUACAUGCCCGUUUUCACUUCUUUCCUCCUUGAAAUCAUCAUAUGAGUUACCAAAACUCCAUUAAGUUUUGAAAAUGCCAUUAAGUUGGAAAACUUUGCUACAAAUGGUAGGUUUUUGGAGCAGGCGUACCCCGGGUUGAGGCCUCCAGAGAUUGUAAUCUGGGACUUAAGCUCCUACUGCUAAACCCAUCUUUGACAACUAGUCGUUCAUACUCCACCAGAAGCCACGUGUCAUACAGUAAAAUAAAUAGGGCUUCAGUUCUUAAAUCACCCUAUAAAUUUUUACCCUGAAAUCUAGGGUGUUCAGAUUUCAGAAGGGAAACUUUAUCAGUAUUUUCUCAUCUGGCCGAACAAGCUGAUAUGUAUAUAGGUCAAAAUGAGUAUAUGCUUUUUACAUAUACUCAUGGUGUUGGAAUUAAGUAUAGGUUUUAUGGUAAUCAUUGCCACCUUAAUAGUUUGGUUUUUUUUUUUUCUGGGCUGUCUCCAGAUGAUCACUUCUAUCCAGAAAUAAUUUUCUGUAUAGAGUGUGUAUCUUCCCCCAGACUGACUACAGUUUCCCUGAGGGAGCCCCUACAACAUUAUAUUUCUCAGAACUGUCAGCUUGUCCUUUCCUGAACCACAGACAUAGUUCCACAGGCUUUGAAAUAGUUGGGGUUUUUUUUUUUUUAAUGUUUCAGAAGCUAUAUUUAAUGGAGAGAGAAGAGAAAUGUAUGGAAAGAGAAUGUCUCCUUUUCUACUCUUCUGUAAAAUUCAGACUUUUGCUUUAGAAUGUCCCAUCACUUCUCCCUGUUCACAGGUUCUAAGGUUCUUAGCUUAUUCAAGGUACCUGUGCCUGCUUUGUCCCCAGUUUACCACUUUCCUUCUGGUUGCUACUGAUUUUGGAAGUGUAAGGUAUACUGUUGGCAGUGAAGUUAAAGCUAUUGUAUAGACCUGAUACAGACAGUGACAAUUCAGAAAUUAGCUUCCCAUGGCAUCACCACCUUCUUGUGAGUGAGUAUACAGGGCUAUUUGUGGAAGUCUCUUUGGGAGGCCAAAUAAAAUAUUAUACCACCAGUAUUAAGGGAGUGUUUAUAAACUGAAAGGAAUGAAUACUUAUGUUUCUUGGGACACAAAGAACCCAGAUCCUGAGUGGAUACAGUAGAAAACCGAACACCAACCCAAAUUAGGCCCCUCGAUCUAGAUUUCACGGGUUCUGUUUAGUUAUGCCCCUGGUGGUUAGUGCUUCAUGGAGAAGCUGAAAAUGGGCUGAAUUUCCUCUUCAGUGGAAAAAAAGGAAACUGUCUGAAAACAUGGACUGUUUUGGGGGCAGUGUGGAACCAUAGAGAAUGAGAAGGUGCUGUUCAGAGGGAUCUGUUUCUUUUCGGUUGAUCUUUAGAACUAAAGAAUACCCAAUAAUUUAGCCCAUCUUCAACUGCCAGACUCAGCAAAAAGCUUGGGACACACCCAGCCAGAAGAAUCAGGAGCUUGAUCCUCCAAAAGAAACAGAAGAGAGUGGUAUUGCAAGCAGUUCCUUACCACCCCUUUCUCCCUCACUGCCCCCCAUCCAUCUCCCUCAUCUCCGCCCCCCACCAUCCAUCUCCCUCACCUCUGCCCCCCCUCCAUCCAUCU